AUGACCUCUCUGUUGAUGUUGAGUAGCUGGGUAGCCUGUGUUACCUGCAAAGCCCCUUGGGAGGGGCCCAAGGGGUUUUCUGAAGGUUUGGGGGUUGAGUUUUGGUUCAGAGGUCGCGCAAGGGUGAAAGAAGGCUGCGGCCGCAGUCGAGAGCGCUGGGCCGCCGGUGCCUUGUUCUGUGUGCGCCGUUCCGGUCCGGAUUUCCCAUCACUGCACGCAUCCGGUCAGCCGGUGCUGUCUUCGACUCCAAUCCCGCCGACGAGCUCCUUGACUGACUCCGACUUCCGAAAUAUUCCAACAUCGUCGAUCGGAUCUUCCAUGCCUCGACAGCUGGAAGAUUCUGAACCCUGCCUUGUCAUUGGUCAGGUGCAGCCAGAUCACCUGGCUUUUCUUCCUCCCAAUGAAUCGGGAGGACAUGAGUGGCUAGGAUUGGUCAACGAAACGGGGCGUAGCGCGUCGCGUAGGUUGUUUGGAGCUGCGGCCACAGUUGAGAGCGCUGAGCCGUCGGUUCUUGAUUCCGUUCACGCCGUUCCGGUCUGA